AUGAGAUCGCUGAUUGUUUUGUGCGGUUUUUUGACUGUUUUCAUCUCGGCCACCCCCACACCCGGUUUACUUUCCGGGAUCAUCAGCAAUCCGUUGUCGAGGUGGCAAGCCACUGCCGUUCGAGGACGGCUUACAUGUAACGGAAAAGCAGCCGGUAAUGUGAAGCUGAAGCUCUAUGAUGUGGAUACGGUGCCUGAUAUCGAUGAUUUGAUGAAAGAGGGUUUCUCGAAUGCUGACGGAUCGUUUGAAUUGGUCGGAAAGGAGAAAGAAUGGACGACCAUUGAUCCAAAGCUCAAUAUCUAUCACAGGUGUAAUUACGAUGGGCGAUGCUUUCAAAAAGUCGAAAUCGUGAUUCCAAAGGAUUUCGUUGUUGAUGGAGAGUUAUCGACCAAAUAUUUCGACAUCGGAGAGAUCAAUCUCGCUUCCGGCUUCUCUGGCGAUAGCACAGAUUGUUUUAAC